AUGGAACCCGAACAUUCUGAUAAGAACUUGCUUUUGUUUCUGCCGGACGAUGUUUUCGCCGUCGUUUCUCGGUUCCUGUCGCCGAGAGACGUGUGCAAUCUGUGUCUGUGCUGCAAGAGUUUGAACGCUCUUGUGGCCUCUGAGAAACUCUGGCUCACACAAUGUGACGAUUUGGGUAUAGUGCCCCACAAGGACCUUGUGGAAUGGAGAAAGGGCGUGGCUUCUUACAAGGCCCUUUGUCGUUUUCUGGUGGGUGUGAAACCGUUGAUUGGAAUAUGGGUUCACCAGAAUCCUGAGCUUGGGAACGUGGUGUAUGUGAUGCCUGGUUUUGUUUCUGUUGUUGGGUGCAGGAUAAUUCCCCAGGAGCUUGGUCCUUUGGGGAUGGAAGAGGGUCCCAUACUGUGGGCUUCUGUCUUUGAGAUUGUUAGCGAUUUUGAUGGUUCCAUGAUGUUUUUUCUUCAUGGGAGGGAGGAGGAGAUGAAUUAUGUUUAUCCAGGCUCGGUCAAGCUUACAGACAAGUCCUGUAAUGUACUGUUGCUUGAGGUUGAACCUGGGGAGUGUAGCAACGUUAGUGCUUUGUUGCAGAGUAAGAGCUUUGUGCAUCACUCGUGCGUGGAGUCGUCAUCGUCCAGGAAGAUUUGUAGGUCCAAUAGCGAUGUUUCUAGUUCACAAAGGAUGGUUGAAAAUGGUGAAGGGAUGGUUAGUUUUGGGAAGUUAGCUUUUAGUGAUAGGAGGAAGUUGCUUGAGGUUACUACUAGCCAUGUUCGACAAAAGGUUCCGGAUAAGAUGAUUGGGCCGUUGUUUCCUAGGUUGAGGGAUGAUGAGGAGAAUUUUCAGAAGGAUUUGGUGCUUUUGUGGGAAAGAAGAUCACGCCUUAGUCAAAUGUAUAAGGUUGGUAGUGGUCACAUUGAUGAGUAUAAGUCGAGUUCUCAAGAGGCAGUUGAUCCAACCCAGUUCGAAUUGGGUGAUGUUAGGGCAAGAUUUGACCGUUCAAGGUCUAUCUCUAAUCCUCUGCCUGAGGAGGAUACUAACACUCAAUGCAUCAAGAGGAAAGGUCUUCGAGGAUAUUUCUGGAAUGGCAUUAAACAAAUGCUUGGAAGAUCAAAUUCAAUGAAUGGCAGUCAUUCAGUUUCCAAGAAGCUUAUGUCAAGGGGUGAGAUUAGGUAUGAGCGGCUUCAAGAAUUCCUUAGAUCGAGUGACACAGUAAGACUAACGUUAAAAGCUUCCACUGUGAAGCUAUCUUCUUACCGAGCAUGGCCAAAUAUGCGUGACAGUCGGUUUGCACUUUACAAGUUGCCAUUGCGAGUUCCCAGAGAUGAUCAAGAAUAUGCUGGCUUAUGGGGAGGAACUUUUGGUUGGCCUCCUGGAAAGCCUUCCGAGGACAAGCCUGGAAAGGCUUUGUUCUUUCUUCUGCUCUCUUAUGAGGAGUUCCAGGGACAACAGCUUCUCAUAGCAACUAAAAUUUUAGAAGGCACCCACUAUGUUUUGCAUCCUAAUGGUUCAGCAAUGUUUACAGCAAAUAUCAAUGAACCUUCGUCUGAACCCUUUCCCUGGGACACUGAUGCAGACUUGGUUCCUGUUAAUGUCACCCAUGCUUUUGUGGGAGAGGGUAUUGCAAGUGGUUAUGGGUUCAGAUACCCUGGAUCAAAGCCUGGUUCCCUCUUUGUUUUACAAAAUGGCAUCCUUGCUUUCAUGUGGAAGGAAUCAAGAGUUGUUUUGACCUUGCAAAGACUUAACUUGCAAGAACUUUUGAAGAAGGGUGAAAGGGUACCUUCUCUACCGCCGGUUACCAAUUUUUCAUAUCUGACAAAGUCCUACUCCAAUGUGUUUGUUGGCCUCCCCAGUCCUUCCAAUUUUUUGUCCUCAUCAAGGUUUGCUUAA